GUAAAAAAGAAGAGCCGCGUUUCUUGUUUAUCUUCUCAAAAUGAAAAACAGUGUCGCGCGGCAGCAGCCGGUGAAAACGUAUGAUCAUGCACCACAAAGCGAAAAUCUGCCGCUAACGAUUGGGGGCAAUUUCCACGACGACCCUAUUAAUCGUAACACUCUCCGAAAAAGUCACAAUCUCCUGCUGGAUCGAAAAGUUGAUCACGCGCCGCACACAGAAUACACAUACAACGGCUUUUCAGGUGACGCUUCCCGUAACGCCACAGGAGCGAAAAAUGGUGUCGAAGACGAUAAAGUGUGGACUGGGUGGUUUUCAGAGGACUUUUCCAAGGAUGACUUAGACGAUUUUGUCGUGCGAAUGCUUGGAUAUUUCAAAGAGACCGUACCGGAAAGCAACUUCGAGAAGGAACGCGUCGUGAGGGUUUGUGUGAGUUUUUACACGAAAGAUGACAGCAUUUCAAUUAAACAAAUCGGUGAGAGAAACAGUGGCCUCAGGGAAGGCACCAUUCUUUCUCGGCGACAGGUACCGAAAAAUGCUGCGAACCCGAAUGCCAUUUAUCAUUUGGACGAUUUUCACGUUGGCGAGGCCGUCACAAUUUACAGUCAAGUGUAUUACAUCGUGGACAUGGAUAAACGAAGUCGUCGUUACAUGCAGGAGGUUUUGAGAAUGGAAGUUCCUGAAGGGCUGCCGGUACCCGAAGAUAACUUUAGCCGCACGGCUGCAGCGGCCGCGACACGCUCCACCAAACGACUGAUCACCUCUGAUGACAUGGACCAUAAGCGCGCUGUUGAGCAGCAGCUUACCGGAAUUUACACGAAGCACUCUACGGAGGACAUUGCUAUCACAAAGGAGUUUCUGAAAAACAGCAUCAACGCUCAUUUGACAUACCUCGCUUUGUGGGAUGAUCGCGGCAACCUCAGCGGUGACUUGCAUUUCUGCCUUCUUAGAGUGUACCUGGAAAACAAUACCAUCGAGAUUGCCGAGAAUAAGUCGGAGAAUUGCGGACGCUGGGGAGGGCCGAUUUUAGUCAGUCGGCAGCGCAUUCCCCGACCCUCAGCCGACUUAAGUCAGAGCAGGUACCAACAGCACACUUACGGGAUAUUGAUGAAAAAUGAUUUUUUGUGUCCUGAAGACCUCCAGGUUGGCGAAACCUACAUGAUCUACGGCAAACCCUUUUUUGUGUAUGAUUGUGACGCUUUCACACGCAAUUAUGUGAAGGAGAAGUAUGACGUGGAAGUCAAGCCCGCAAUUGACAUUGCUCCAUUUGUCAAGACCGAAAAAAAGUCUUCUGUCUUCUACCCUCCACCGCCCAACGGGUUCGGGAGUGAAAAAGACACACGCACGAACUGGCUUUCCUUGACAGGCAAGCCGGCAAAACCCGAUCACGAAAAGCUGCAACGCGAAACCGGUCGAGUGAUGAACUUUUCUGCUAAGCUGGUUAACCCAAUCGUUCCGGGCGACGAGGAAAGGGAGUUUGUCAUUUCUUUCUAUCGUGAGACAAGCGAAGUUGAAAUCCUGGAGAAGCCGAAACGCAAUUCCGGCAUGAUAGGCGGCCGAUUCCUCGCUAAAGGAGUUCAUCGCAAAAACAUGCCAAACGGCACCACCGUUCUUUUCACUCCUGACGAUUUCCAAGUCGGAAGGACUGUGAAAAUAUACGAACGCCCCUUUCUGCUCCUCGCACAUGAUGAGGGGACACAGCGCAUCCUGGACGGCACGGACAAAGAGAUCACGGAAAACCGUAUCAAGUACCUCAUUCUCCUUUUGAGGCAGCAGCUGAAUUUGAAGUUUACACACGCAAGCGAGGCGUUUUUAGCCUUGGCGCCGCAAGGAACGUUUGGUUACGCACAACUGAAGGAGUUCCUGCGCGCAUGCAGCUGCAACAUUUCCGACGAAGAGUCUCUUCUUCUUAUGCAAAACCUGUUUCCUGGAACGAGCGGGGUGAUCAAUUACGACGAUUUCCUUCGCAUCGUUGACGUUUCGUCGGAGUCCAUGGACGAGGCUUCUCUGACAACGCGGUCGAUUCGGAACGUCGACAUGACGAAGAGCGAAAAUAUGAAAGUCAGUGCAACGUUGUCGCAGGCAAAGCAGCGGCGCAAGCAGCUCCGUGACCUGCUGCAAUUUAAACUGAUACAGCGGAAGGGAAACGUGCAAGAGCAGUUUCGUUUGCUGAGCGAUCACAGCGCCAAUUCUCGCCUCAACCGCGAAACCUUCCGCAAGUCUCUCAACUCGGUUUUGCAGUUCAACAUGAGUGAGGCAGACGAGAACACCUUGGUGGGACUGCUUUUUGACGGUGCCGAGGACGAGGACGGCAACAUUACAUACAAACAAUUUCAAGAGUUCGUCGACUCGGUGGACAUCAAUUAG